AUGGCCAAGAAGGGAGGCGGCCGUGGCAAAAAGGGCAAGCAGGGCGGCGCUGCGAAGCGAGGCCGUGCAGGCAAGGCAUCCAAGGCCAAGCAGAAGGCUCGCGAAGGGAGGCCCGGAAAGACCAGGAGUCCCAAGACUGCCAAGGGAGCUGGGAAGGGCAAAGCAAAAGCCGGGAAAGGAGAGAAGGCAGAAAAGAAGGGAGUGAAACGAAAAGUUGAACCGAAAGAGGAGGAGGAGGAGGAGGAGCACAAGGGCAAGAAGGCACUAACUCCGAAGCGGAAGCGGAAGCUGGAGAUCACGAAGCUUUAUGGCGAGUUGAUCAAUCCGGGGAGGACGCGAAAUGCUGAGAUCAUCGUCAAUGACAUUCUCGAGAAGCUCCGAAAACGCACUUCGAAUAAGCUGGCCGAGUACUGCUCCACGAACGUUGGUGCCCGUGUCAUAGAGGCUUGCCUCAAGUGGGGAACCAAAGAGCAAAGGCGAGAGCUGCUGACGCACUUCAAGGAGAGCCUACCAAAGAUGGCGCAGGAUCGAUACGGGCACCAGGUGGUGCUGAAGUUGCUUCUGUACUCCUCCAAGACCUCCACAUCGAGGAAGCCCACGGAAGAAGAAAGAAAGGCCCAACUGAAGAAUCUGCGAGAGAUUCUGGAUCAGUUCUCCGGCAAGAACUUGCAUGCCACCUUCUAUCAUCGCUUCGGCUGCAAAGUCAUUAACGGCAUCUACUUCUCCACAGCCGUCAGAGCUGCUGACAAACGGAGGAUUCUUCACAGCAUCGCUGUUCCCCAGGCGGUGGCUCUGCUGCGUCCCGAGCUGCCCAGCAGCAAGCCGCUGCGGCAGCUGCUCCACGCAGAGGACCUCACAGAGCAGCAGAGGAGGGACAUUGCCCAGCAUCUAGAAGAAGCGGUGGAGAAGGCCAUCGAGAAGGAGCUCCUGGGCCACGACAUCGUACACCUGCUUUUUCAGGCAGUGUGUGAAGUCGCCUCCGACGCACAGCUGACGCAGCUGGCAGAGCAGAGCAUGGAUGGGGCAGCCUACUUGCUGUCCUCGAAGCCUGGUGCAGAGGCUUUGCUUAGACUUCUGGGUGUGGCGAAUGCCAAGCAAAGAAAGGCGUUCUGCAAGGAUUUGAAGGGCAAGUUCGCCGCCUUGGCUAUGAAUGCAGUGGACUAUGUGGUCAUGAUUCGAUUGGCCACCACGAUCGAUGACACGGUGAUGCUUUCGAAGACGAUGCUGGCUGAGUGGAUCAAGGAGAUGGCCGAGCUGUGCUUUGACAAGUAUGGUCACAAAGUCCUGGCCUGGAUUCUGCAGCCCAAUGACAAGCACUUCUUCUCCCCGUACGAGCGUCAGUGUGCGACUCUGCCAUCUCCAACUUCAUUGAAGGCCCCGGAGGCACGGCGCCAGGAGCUUCUUCGCACCCUGAAGCCGGCGAUUCGCAGCGCGCUGAUCAAGGAGCCCCUGAAGGCCGCGGGAGACAAGCACGCGAAGGACCUCCUCGCAGCAUACCUGGCAGCGGACUGGGAUGCCCAGCUAGUGGAGGCGCUCUUGGCGUCCGCGCAAAAGGAGGCCGCCGGUGAGAACUUGGGAUUGAUGAACGACGGCACGGUAGUCAACACCUUCCUCGUUCUGAUGAAGCUGGAUCCUGACCAGGGGGCGAAGCUGGCGCAUCCCCUUUGGGAACGAUGCCUGCAGUCACACCUGGCAGCGGCGGCGUGCAGCCGCUGUUCCUUCCUGCUACUCGCCAUGCUGAAGAGCAGCGAUGCUCUGAAGGGCUCGAUUCUCACGGCCGUCAGGGCACAGAAGGCGGCCAUCGAGAAGGCCGUGUCGGCAGCCGAGGCGUCGGGCCUCCAAGUCACUGGAGCUCGGAAGCUCCUGGGUGAGGUUUAA